GCCAAUGCAUGUACAUAAAAGAAGCAUUGACGUCUUCUCGGGGAGAUGAUCGAAGCCAACACUAUCAUUCAUCCCCGAAUCAUGGCCAAAGACUACGAGGUACAUAAGUUCGUUGUCACAUUUUACCCGGACAGUCCAGAUGACAUGCCUCGCCCCCUGAAGGACUUCAAGGUUGGAAAUACCAUCGCUAUCUUCUACACACUAGUUCAUAGCUUUCGAGAUAGGACUAUUGGCUACCGGAUUGAGCAUUCGGAUGAAGUCACAGUUGAUCAUACCCCUCAAGCUGUCCGAGGUUUUCGAAAUGAACAAGUUAUCAAGUACACCCCGGCCAUUGACACUCCACGGAAGUGCCACAAUUAUGAUGAGGCGAAAGACAAGCCCCUUAAGUGCGGAAGGUGUGAAUCAGCCUAUUAUUAUAGCAAGGAAUGCCAGGUUACAGGAUGGAACGAUAAGAACCAUAAGGGAUUCUGCAAAGCAUUGAAGGACAAGAGCGUCAAACGGAUGCAUUUCCUCAAAUACGAAGAUUACGAUGGUCGCAUUAGCUUCUCAUAA